AUGGCAACCGCUCCUCAAGCAACCUCAAUAGUCUCCUCAACUCAAACACCCUCCCCCACUAUCACCGGCGCCACCCUCGCCCACAACGUCACCUCCAACAAACAAGUUCGCGCCACCAUCAAAGCGCACAAAGCCCUCCUCAAAAGUCCUCAGGCCCGUACAAUCCCCUGGCGCCAGAUCCUCGACACCGAGAAAGCCAAACUCCGUAAGCUCCGGGAGUACUACAUCGCCGCCGAUGAAGCCUAUCACCGCGAUGAAAUCGACAUUCUCGAUGUGCUAACAUUCUGGGACUUGAAUGAGGAGCAUUACUAUGCGGUGAAGAGGUGGCGCCAGCUGAAGGAGCGGUAUAAUAGUAAUUGGGAUAGCGAGGGGAAUCCGAUUAUGGAUCAGGAUCCUGCUAAAACUAAUGUGGAGGACAGCGAUAGUGAUACUGAUGAUGAUUCUGAGUCUGAGGAGGAGUCUCAAGCUGAUGGGGAGGAGAGCGAAGAUGUUACCGGGUCUGAGCCGGAGCCUCAGAGUGUUCCUGAGCAUGAGGGGAAUCAACCCGCCGUCCAUAGAUCUCGCCCGCGGCGGAGGCGGGGGGUGGUGCACAGGGCUCGCCCUAUGACACCGAUUGAGGAAUAG